GUCUAGCUGACUGGAGUCUGUUGCCUACACGCCCCCAUCAUCCAUACUACGCUCGAGGGAAAACCGUCUGCAGUUUGUCUCCACGGUUUCUAUGUGGAUGGAAACAUGGAUCUACCUGAGCCGUUAAGGCAACGACUGGGAGGACUCACAAGAACCGUGUUUAUUGACCAGAAUCGUACACAACCAACGCCAGAAGAUCAAUGUGUUUUUCUGAGUAAAGACGAUGAAGUUGUCUCCAGUCUCCCUCUUCAGAUGUCCCUUUACUUUAACCUGUGGUUUUUCCCUAUGUGGUGGGUAUGUGAAGUCAUCAUGCUCCACCUAAAGUAUCCAGUCCUUCCUGACUACUACAAGUUUAUUCUGGUGACUGUCCUAAUAUUGAUGACCCUUAUUGAGGGAAUUAGGCUUUACCUUGGCUAUGUUGGAAACUUACAAGAGAAGGUACCAGAGCUGGCUGGCUUUUGGUUGUUGAGUCUACUUUUGCAGUUCCCUCUCAUUUUGUUUCAACUUUUUAAUGAGUCCAUCCUUGUUCAGCCACUGGAAAGAGGGGUCCAUAUAGUGCUGUCCUUGUUCGUUCUUACAGAGGCUCUGUCAGGUUUUGUGGCCCUUCGAGAAAUGGUACAUCACACAGAAAGCCAUUUCCAUCUUCAGCAGUUCGCUGGUGUCCAGGAGCUGAGAACAUGAUUGAGAACUAUCAGCAGUGGAGAUUUACUAACAGAACGAUCACUCUGCACUAA